AGUUUGAGUGGGGAUGAGUAGAAUAACAUUAUUAUUGGCUAUAGCACUUCACGCCAUGCAACGUUCACUUGGAUCGGAUGGUUAGCAUUCAACUCCACAAGGCAACUCGGCAUUCUUGUUUUUGAUUUUGUAGCGAAGAUCUGGAGUAGUGCCUGGUUCCGAGGUCAUGAGUUCAAUGAAUCAUUAGGAGGCUCCAGUGCACCUCAAUAGAAAGUGCAGAACGGUAGGCCGACUUUACUGUGGAUAUGUUGUUUUCUUAAAUUGGCCUAUUAUUCAAAUUCUAAUUCCUUUACACAUCUUGACUUGAACCUCUUGUUCAAGCAAGUCGAUAAGUAUACAGUGAAUUGGGAAAGGGAUACCUAGGAUAUCUGGGUCGGUCUUGCAUUGAGAGUGAUAAAACUGAGUGUCAAAAUGAGCCCACCAGGAGGAUCCUGGUCUAAAGGAGAUGAAGAAGAUGCCCAGCCUCCUGAAAAUAAGAAAGUUUCCGAAAAUGAAGUGGCUUUUAAGAUUAAUGGCAAAGAAUAUCGAGCAUCUGGAUUGCCAAUCUACAUAACUCUCAACACCUUCAUCAGAGAUCAUGCAAACCUGAAGGGAACCAAAUAUAUGUGCGAAGAAGGAGGAUGUGGGGCAUGCAUUGUUGCCGCUACUAUACCCAAUCCACAGACUGGCAAAUCAACAACUAUCGCUGUCAACUCUUGUUUAACUCCAAUUUACAACUGUCAUGGAUGGGCGGUUGAAACAGUCGAAGCUCUUGGAAGCUCAUCCAAAGGUUUUGGCAAAAUACAAAGUCGUUUGGCUUCGAAUAAUGGAACUCAGUGUGGAUACUGCAGUCCAGGCAUGGUCAUGAACAUGUAUAGCUUACUUCAAGAGAACAAGGGUAUUUCCAUGAGUGAAGUUGAAAAUUCAUUUGGAGGGAACAUUUGUAGAUGCACAGGCUAUAGACCAAUUUUGGAUUCAUUCAAGUCUCUUGCCAAGGAUGCUAGCAAAGAACUAGUGAAAAAAUGUGUUGACAUUGAGGAACUGUCAGUUAUUUGUCCAAGAACAAAGGAGGAAUGUCUAGCAUCAUGCGGCAAUUCAUGUGACAGAAGCAUUGAUCCACUACUGGAUGAAAGCAGACUCAAGUUAGAAACUAAUGAUGGUAAAAACUGGUAUCGGGUGAAAUCUGUCAAAGAGUUGUUUGAAAUACUUGAGAUGGUCGAUGAUGGAUCAUACAUGCUUGUUGGUGGAAACACGUCCUAUGGUGUGUAUCGUCCAACAAGAGAUAUUAAUCACUUCAUAGACAUCAAAGGGGUUCGUGAACUGAUCGUUACUAGUGAGAGCAAUGAUUCAUUGACUCUGGGAGCCAACUUAUCUCUAACCAACACCAUGAUUUUUUUCAAUUCAGUCUCUAAAUCUAAAAGUGAACUGUUUGGCUAUACGAAACAGAUGGCUGACCAUAUUGAUUUGAUAGCCAGUGUUCCGGUGCGAAAUACUGGUACAUUGGCAGGAAACUUAUCGAUAAAGCAUCAACACAGAGAUUUCCCUUCAGAUGUUUUUCUAAUCUUUGAAACUGUUGGUGCUCGGCUCAAUAUUGCUGACACCAUGGGCUUGGAAAGAACGUUACCAAUCGAAGAGUUUUUGAAAAAUGAUAUGAACAAGAAAGUUAUAAAGAGCAUUGCACUCCAACCACUCAGCAGUUCUUGGUAUACUUUCAAGACAUACAAGAUCAUGCCUAGGGCACAAAACGCUCAUGCCUAUGUUAAUGCCGGAUUCCUCUUCAAGUUGGAUAAGAACGAUAAGUUCAAAGUCUUAGAGAAACCUAGGAUUGUUUUUGGUGGAAUAAAUCCAAAUUUCGUUCAUGCAGAGCUCACUGAGGCUUUUCUUGAGGGAAAAUACCUUUCUGAUUCCAAAGUAAUGGCAGAAGCACUAAAAACGUUGGAUGGUGAAUUGAAACCCAAUCAUGUUCUUCCUGAUGCAACACCUGAAUACAGAAAAGGUCUAGCUGUUUCUCUGUUAUACAAGUUUAUUCUCAGCGUGUUAGGCCUACCAGAUGGAGUGUCACCAAACAUGAAAACUGGAGGUGCCAGUAUGAGUCGACCUGUUUCUACUGCCAGUCAGUCUUUUCAAACUGACAAGUCACUGUGGCCUCUCAACCAACCAAUCAACAAACUUGAAGCUUUCGCUCAAUGCUCAGGGGAAGCACAGUACGUUAAUGAUAUACCGAGUCACCCAGGCGAGUUGCAUGCUGCAGUGGUGAUUGCCAAACAAGCAACUGCCAAAUCAUUCAUAUUGAAUCCUGAAAAAGCACUUAGAAUGGAUGGUGUGGUCUCAUUUUUCACAGCCAAGGAUAUUCCUGGUAGAAAUGAUUGUAUGUCCCGGAUCAUGUUUCCAACAUUCGUGAAUGAAGAGAUUUUAGCUUCCGAGAAAAUAUUACAUGCUGGACAGGCUCUUGGUGUGAUUGUAGCGAAAUCGAGAGCAAUAGCUCUUAAGGCAGCUGAACAAGUAGAAGUCGUUUACAAAGAUGUAGCUCCUCCAGUUCUUGAUUUUAUUGAAGUCAUCAAAUCACAAGACAACAAACGAAUUGCAGAGAAAGACAAAAUCGAGAGGAAAACAAAGAAAGAUGAUGUGAAACACAAGGUUUCUGGAACAUUCGAAAUCGGUGCACAAUACCAUUACACAAUGGAGACUCAAACUUGCCUCUGUAUUCCAUUGGAAGAUGGAAUGGACGUCUAUCCAUCAACGCAAUGGCCAUCGAUGAUCCAGUGGACAGUCGCCGAUGUGCUCAAUGUGCAACAAAAUACGAUCAAUGUGAAAGUUAAACGAUUGGGUGGUGCUUAUGGCUCUAAAAUCAGCAGGAACAAUCAGAUUUCUGCUCUCUGCGCUCUGUGUGCCCACUUACUACAGCGUCCUGUCCGUUUAAAUUUGAGUUUGGAAACCAACAUGCAAAUGAUGGGAAAACGAUUUCCCUGCUAUAUCAAUUAUGAGGCUGCUGUCAAUAAUGAUGGGAAAAUACAGUAUUUGGAUGCAAAAUUGUAUCAAGACAUAGGUGCAAGAGAGAAUGAAAGUGAUAUUGUUUCAUCGACUUUGGCAUUCAUGCCAAGUACUUAUGAUACUGAAACUUGGUCUGUUACUGGAUAUUCAGUCAAGACUGACACACCUGCUAAUACUUGGUGUAGAUCUCCAGGAUCAACUGAAGGAGUGGCCAUGGUUGAGCACAUAAUGGAUCAUAUUGCCAGCAUUGUCAAGAAAGAUCCAGUGGCUGUGAGACUACAGAAUUUCAGAACCGAAGCAGAUCCUGUAAAACCGAUGAUAGAUGAGAUCAAGGCUUCCUCUGACUAUCAGAAAGCAGUUGCCGAAGUUGAAGAGUUCAAUAAUGAAAACAGAUGGAAGAAACAAGGGUUAUCGCUUGUACCAUUGGCUUACCCUCUAGGAUACUUUGGAAGAUAUCAUGCUAAUAUUUCAAUAUUUUCUGGCGAUGGAACAGUCGCUAUUUCUCAUGGUGGAGUAGAAUGUGGUCAAGGAAUCAACACAAAGGCCGCUCAAGUGUGUGCCCACAUUCUUGGUAUCCCAUUGGAUUUAGUGAAAGUGAAGUCGACUCAGUCUCUCAUCUCACCAAACGAUUCAACGACUGGAGGAAGUGUCACAAGUGAAGCAGUUUGUUAUGCUGUGAAAAAGGGUUGUGAAGAGUUGAACUCUAGAUUGCAGCCUUAUAAAGAGAAAAUGCCAAAGGCGGAUUGGAAAACGAUGAUUCAGGCGGCUGUGAAUGGUGAUGUGGACCUCAAUUGCAAUUUCAUGUAUAAGCGGAAUAAAGAUCUAGAGUCUUACUUAAUUUUCGGCGUGACUGUCAUGAGGGUGGAAGUGGAUAUACUUACUGGACAACAUCAGAUUGUAAGGACUGAUAUAAUGGAAGAUGCAGGCCAAAGUAUGAGUCCUGAGGUAGAUGUUGGACAAGUGGAAGGCGCAUUUGUGAUGGGACUCGGAUACUAUCUUCAUGAACAACUUGUCUAUGACAAACAAACUGGAAAACUGCUUACCGAUAGAACAUGGAACUACAAACCUCCAGGCUCCAAGGAUAUUCCUGCAAAUUUUCAUGUAACUCUUGUGAAAAAUUCCCGAAAUCCUCUUGGUGUUCUUCGAUCGAAAGCCACUGGCGAGCCUCCUUUGAAUAUGAGUUUCAGCGUGGUUCUUGCAAUAAGGAAUGCUCUGAAAUCAGCAAGAAAGGAUUCUGGAAUACAAGAAGAUUGGUUCGAUUUGAAAAUGCCUCUGACUUGUGAGAAUAUAUGGCUGCAUGGAUCAACACAUGUCAAAGACAUGACACUAUAGAUCAUAUAUAUUCCAAAUAUAGUUUCAAUUAUUUAUGGGAUGGUGCUCGUUAAUUAACUUUGUGAUAAAUUUAUAAGUAUAUUAUCUAUUUUCUUAAUAGUUUUAUAGCCUACUAAUAUAUUAAAAAAUUUCAAUUAAAUUCAUAUUUUACACUACUGCAUUAAACGUAUUUAAUAAAGA